CUAAGAUUUUUGGCUUCAUUCUAUUAUUUUGACAUUUCGAUGUCAACCGCUACGUAUUUCUUUGAAAAAAGUCGACUUCUCUUAAUUUUUCAUAACGUCUCUGCUUUUUCCACUCGAUUAACAAAACAAAGAGUCGAGUGGAAGACAGUUUGCGAUAAAAUACGAGGAUGUACCCCAGGAAUUCCACGAGAACCAUGUGACACGAAUACGAAAAAGGGCUUCCAGACCGUCAAUGUGACAGAAAUGUUUUCUGCCAUCUCGACGAGCCAGCGCCACUGCGGAGCCGAUACGACAUCGACGCGAGAUAAACGAACAGCGAUAUAGUCAAGCGCGUCAAAAAUGUGCGCGAGAUGGCCAGUCCACCACCGAACCCAAGGGAAGGCAAGGGGGGCGGCUCCGAAUUCGCGGAGGAGACGAGAAGCCAACGUGCGACCGCCCCGCAGAAGACGUUCAUAGCGCCGCCUGCCUCCCAGCUGCCCACGAAGCUGGAGUUCGUCGCGCGCGGGGGCACCGGCCGCAGCGUGAAGCAUACGUUCCGCACCGUAAAGGUAGCGCGGAGAGUGCCCACGCUGCCGCCCAAGAAGAGCGAGGGUGCGUCGGGCGCCAGCGGCUCGGGUGAGGCAGGCGCCGGCCAGGCCGCGCCGGAGCGCCGGCGCCGCGACCGUGGCAAGCGCCAUGUCUGCAAUACUUGCGACAAGCGCUUCUCCAGCCCCGGCAAGCUCAGCCAGCACAUCCUGUCCCACACCGGUGAGCUCCCAUUCUCUUGUGAAUUUUGUGACAAGCGAUUCAAUUCUAAAUUCAAACUAGUGCGCCACAGUCUCAUUCACAGUGAGGCUAAAGCCUUUGCAUGUACAGUCUGUGGCAAAACUUUUAAUCGUAAAGACCAUCUUACGAAUCAUGUUAGGGUUCACAACCCUGUCAAAAAACUGUAUACUUGUGAAAGGCCUGAUUGUAGAAAAUCAUAUACAUCUUUGCUAAGCUAUCGUAAGCAUGCUGCCCUUCAUUCUGCUGAAGAGGGCAAUUUACAAUGUAAGAUCUGUGAUGAAGUGUUCAGUACAAAACAAGAUAUUAUUUAUCAUCUCAAAAUUCAUACUGGGAGUCGAACAAUUAAAAGUGAGACCGAUAAAAAGUAUACAUGUGAUCAUUGUGAUAGAAGGUUUUUCACCGCAAAAGAUGUACGCCGGCACAAUGUAGUACAUACAGGCAGACGGGAUUUUCUGUGUCCCUACUGUCCACAAAAAUUCGGACGGAAGGAUCAUCUGGUUAGGCAUGUAAAAAAUGCUCAUCCAGAAGAGUCAUGGAAAUCUGCAGCAGUGGGGACUUCCAGAGAUCCACCUCCUGAAGUUUCUUUUGAGGAAAGUUUUACAGAUUUUCCACUUACACCUGAAUUUGGUAUCUGGAAACCUCCAUCGCCAAAACAGGAGGCUCCAGACGGAAGAACUAGUGUGCCUGCCUGUGACAUAAUUGUAGAAAUACCUGAAUUAGAUAUUAAAGUGGAACCACAAUUAGAUAUUAAAAUAGAAGACCCACCAUCGCCAGGUGAAAUACUAGAAUAUCCAGUGGUGUAUGUUGUGCCACCUCCAUACCCUCAAACGCCAUCUGACUUGCCGUAUAUAACACAGCAAUUAAGUGAUACAAUGGAUGUGCAUUUGCUUGGUACAGAAAACGUAGGGUCCUUGCUAUUGGAUCCUGGGGAGGGACCAUCCGGCCUGUCAAGGGAGAUGUUAGGUCUGUUAGAGGAGAAUGAACCAACUUACUCGAGUGAAGAAAGCACCAGCCGUAGUCAGCAACGGUUGCCCGCUUUCACUCAAGCAUUUCAAACAGCGCAAAGCCCCAAGCCUCCGCCUCCACCCCCGCCUCACUAGCGUCGUCGUCGCCGGCGCCGGCGCAUAUGCUGCAUUUAUAAACCAAACUACCUCAUAGGUAACGUUGGUCUAAGUAAUAGUCCACAAGAGAUCGUGAUUGCGAUUUUUUUUUUAAACCACUGUUAUCUAAUGGCACUCGUUGCCCCAUCUCAGGUAUAUUGUUUCCGAAUUCUACAUGAAUAUAUUAUCUAGUCGUGUAUGUACUUUCGGAAUUGUAAAUUGUUAUUUAUAAGAUACUUGUAUGACGUUUAUGGAGUAUAAAUGGGACCAACUCUGUGAACUUGGGAGAGUAGUUUAUGAAAAGCUAACUAUUCAAUAGGGAUAUAAUUUAAGUAAGGAGGAUUUGUAUGUGGGCAUAUGACUCUCGAAGGCAGUGAAUUGUAUAAUAUGUUUUAGAGAGGUUCACUGUUUUCUGCGCGAUAAUACAACAGAGAGUAUAUGUCUUAUAGGAGAGUAAUAGUUGGGUGACAACAUCAGAUCUGUUCAUAGAAUGCAUUACGACCAUCCAUGUUGUGUCCGGAGUAAUCACUUGUAUACAUUUGCUUCAUUAGUUAGUAUGGUUUCAUUUAAAUUCUGUUAUUUGGAAUUAAUGAGACCAUUAUCAGAUUGAAACUAUAUUCUUACCUCAGAAGCGUCCGCUUCCUUAGUUUUUAAGACAGAUUCUUGGGUCUUCGAAAAUACAAUAUGUAAAAAUUGAAUGUGCCAAAAUUCAUAUUUGCUAUUAUUAUUAAUGACAUAAUGUUUCAUAAGCGAUAUUAUGGCUCUAUAUUUCUUAUUGAUUCUUAUAGUGUUCAUCUUUACGACAAUCACAGUAUAUAUUAUAUGAAUUGUAUAUCUGUUAUAUAUUAUAUACAUCUUUAUUACAUAUUUGUGUUAUUAGGUGCCCUGCAUUUAUUGCAAAAGAGUUUUAAUACAAAACAAACACAUUCAUUUAACUUGCUAAAUCCUAAUUAUUUUUAUUAACAUUUAAAUUUUUAUGGUAUAUAUUUCAUAGAAAGUGUAUUGUUUAUUUACAAUUAUUGUUGUAAUUCUGAAUAAUUUGUUGUAAAAACACAUGUGUGGCGUCUAAUAAAAACAAAUGUGUGAAAGAUCCAAUGUUGUACACACUUUGUUAUUGAAUAUGUAAAUAAUUCUAAACUUAUAGGUUAAUAGGACUGUAAAAAAUUUAAUCUACCUCAAUUGCAACUUAUUCUUACGUUUAGAAAUUUAAUGGUUAGGUUAGUAAGGAAAAAGUUUAUUUUUUCUUUAUGAGAAAUACACGCAAUAUAGGGCUGGUUAGCAUUCAACAGAUUUUUGUGUUUAUAUUUAAAUUUAGUGUGUGCUGAUUCAAAAAUUGUAAUACAAUAAGUAUAUAUCGUUAUCAUUUCGCUUUGUUUAUUUUAAUUAAGAAUAGCUGUCGUUUUAUAUUUGAUAAAAAGUACAAUAACAAAUCUCAUUCAGGAGAAAUGUGGGAUAAAAAAAAUCAUUAACAAAUUCGAAAUUAAAAAAAAAGAAAAUGUUGCAUUCUCAUUACAUAUAAAAAAAUCAUCGCAUUGUAUAGAAUAUUAUUAUGUGUAGAUAAAAUAUGGAUAAAAUGUUAGAAAAAAAAACUUAUUGUUACAUAUCGGUUCUAAGCCUCCAUAUUUGAAUAGCUAUUUUUAUCGAUCUUACACUAACACCAGUCUUUAAGCCUUUCAGCUAGUCAUACAUACAAAUACUACAUUCUAUAAUAGUUAAAAGCAGGUAUUAUUCAUGUAAAUUUUUAAAUAUAUUUAGAAACAGCAAAGAAGCAAUCAACAAGUUGGUAACAGUAUUUCUGGGUUUUUAAACAUACUAUGAAAAUAUAUGAUUUAUGAACCUUAUAAAUAGAUUAAAUGUUAUCUACUAAUACAUAUCACUUAUAUUCAUUUGCUUUCGUGUUUCAAAUGGUUAGGUAGAAAGUGUCUGUUAUUAUUUAUUUGAUGACCUGAAUUUAAAUACGAAUAUACUUAGUAUCCACUUUUUUGUUUUGUAGCACUGAAAGUGUUCAAUAUUCCCUAAUUAUCGGAGUUUUUAUGCAUAAUUAUUUGUAAUUGUUAAAUUUUUAUUUCCCAGUUUUUAUUUUUAUUUUUUUUUUAUAUAACAUCUAAUGAGUGUGACUCGUAUUUAUAUUUUUUAUAAUUGUGAACAUUAUGUGUAAAGCCAAAUAAUUACAUAAUUUUAUUCGUGUUUACAACUAAGAGUUCGAAUAUUUUUUUUUUAUUUAUAUGUAACUUUAAAUACGUAAGUUUUGGUUAACAGCAACGAAUAUGCUACGAGUAAAUAUUAAAAAAGAAUCCGUAACAUGGAUGAGAAAGUUUUUAUGUUUAAUAGGGUUUAUACAUAUUUAAUAUGUGUUCGAAUUGAUAUUCGCUUAAAAUUGAUUUGAAUUUUUUUACUCGUAGUUGAAGGAUAUUGAUCCAUAGGUAUAUACGUAAAAUGGUACAUUAAAUAGGGGCCUUAAAAUGUUUUAAAUAGAUUGUUGAAAUUAAAACAAAAAAAAAAAUAAAUAUAUUUUUGAAAAUUCUACAAUGUUUUAACCUAAUAGAAGUGAUCUAUUUUUGUUACGCUUUUUUUUAAAGAAGUAAGGCAUUUUAUAUUGGAUGUUAGAAUUUUACGUAAUUCUAAAUAUUUUUAACGAUCCUUUUAAAGAAUGAUAUGAAACGAUGGAUUACCAUUAUUUCAAUUUGAAUAUUGUAAACCUGUUUUUUGUUUAAUUCGUGUAAAACAGUUGGUUACUUGAUAAUACUUACUGCUUGUCCACAAGAAUUUAAACUCAUUGAUAACUUUAAAGUUUUAACUUUUAGGUUUUGUUCUAAGAACCGGGAACAUGUUUUUUAUUUACAUGCCGUUUUUUAUUAAGUUUAAUUACUUUUAAAGUGCCAAAGAUGAAUGAUUAUUUUUUAAUUCUUCUAUUAUUUUAUAAUAACCGUUGAUUUUUUUGACAAACACUGCCACAUUACAUUUCUUGUGGACACGCAAAUAAUAUUUUUUUUUACAUAAGUAUUUUAUUCCCACAAAAAUAGCUUAUCAAUGAAUAAACAUUGUACCUGGUUUAUAAUAAAAGUACUGUAUCGUUUUCAUUGUAAUAA